AUGCGGCUGCUGUUCUGUGUAGCAGCGAUCACUUCCUUUGCUAGGUGCACUAUCGACGAAAGACCCGAAGAUAAGAACUACGUCGACGAAAUUGUGGAGGAGCAUGGCUUCGAUGAUCUGACUAUUGAAGAAGAGCCUAUUGAUAGGGAAGACUCUUUCGAAGUCCCACUUCUUCUACCCUCGCCAAGUUUCACACCCACAUCUACGGCUGCUUCCACUUGGCAGUCAGAAUCUCCACUGAUGCCUUCUGUAUCGAGUCAACUCCUGAUGUCUCCUCCCGACAUAAGCUUUCCCACAUUGCCUCCCUUGCUUCAGCCUCCAGCAACCUCAACUAUGGGCCCCGAUUCCUCCGUUACUAUUCCACCAAGUAUGCACUUUAUGCCCGAUCACCCUGUGACCAAUUCUCCGCUAGUGAGUCUAUCCGAUCCAUCCCCUCAAGUUCUUAUACCUCCACCAGAUGAGUUGCCGGAAGACGUCAUUGAGACAACUCCACCUACUCAAAGUACCACAGUGAUGACGACGACAAGUCGACCUUCGUACACCAUUCUGACAGUUGCGAUUGUUCCACCUAUAGAGGGCAUGUCCAUGUCCAUCAUGGACACCCAGAGAGAAAGGGCGAACUACACUUUUGAUGGAAUGACUACGCAACAGCCCGCCAUGACCACAAUGACCCCUAAGCCCAGGUUCAGGACAACUUUGAUAGACGAAGUGGUCACUUUCAAACCUCCGAGCGAUCCACCCGUCUUUGCCACGCUUUUGCACAGCAUGCCCACCAGCACUCGGCGUCCAAGAAUAGUUAAACUCAAUGAUGGAGAGAGGCAAUCGCAAAGUGGUAUCGCGCGAUGUCGGGCCUGUCGGAAGGAGUGUGCCUAUCCCGCGUGGAUGGAGAGUGACAAAUAUACGAAGAGCUUGAAGAAGGUACCUAGCACACCGAUGCUGAGAAAGAUCAGCAGUUCAAGCAUGUUAUGCGCUUUAUAGCACAUUAGCCAUAUGAGAUCUACCUGUUUUUAGCACCAUGACUGUUUGUAAAAAAUUUAUCAUAUAUAGGCUUUUCUCUCCUCUUCUGUGAUUUUACCACACAUUUUCAUUUCUUUAUUUUUCUAAUAAAUAAGCCUUUAUUUUCACAUCUUGCUUUUUGUCUUUCCAGUUUUCUGUCGAAUAGUGCUUUCAAUUUGCUCCCAGUCCUCCGCU